UUGUGGUAGCUGUUGUUAACCAUCAUCACCGUUUGGAGCACGGAAACCCGGAUCGCUAUGCUGCGUACAGCGAGAUUGCUCAGAUAAUGUGCUGGUUUGCUAUCUUCCGUGGUUUCUGCUCCAUAUAUCGUGAUCGUCAUAAUUAUUACGAUUAUGUACUACGAGUAUCUUAAUGUAAUCAGCAAUUGAGACGUCUGCCUGGUUUAAUGCUGUUGCAUGCGACCGUAAACGCGAACAUGCGGAUACGAUGACCUUUAUCAAUGUGUCGCCACCAGAAGGAAGAUUGCAUGUUUCGUUCCAGGCAGAGGACUGGUUUUGAUCGGUUAUUUGUGAUGCACUAUGUUGGGUUCUGUACGAUGGCUGUUGUUGUUAGGAUUACUAUACGUCUUCUGUGUGGAGCUAAAGUUUUAUUCGUUUGCACCGAUACGGACCGAAUAUCAGGCCUCUCAAUAUUUAACACGCUAUGGAUAUUUGAAGCCAGUUGCUCAAAUCUCGUCACAAGCCUUCUUCUCAUAUUCCAGUAUUGUCGAGGCGUUGAAGGCCUUUCAAAAAUUUGCCGGUCUUGAGCAAACCGGCGAAAUGGACACCGCAACAAUGGAAGUAAUGAAUUUGCCGCGCUGCGGAGUACCAGAUAUUUUAUCACACAACACAACAUCCGUCGACAGAAGAGUCAAACGAUUUUCCCUUCAGGGAAGCAAAUGGAGUACAACAGAUUUAAGUUACAACAUCGCCCGUUAUACGCAGGAUCUCGAGAGAAGUCUUAUAGAUUUGGAAAUUGGACGUGCUUUCAAAGUGUGGAGUGAAUUCACUCCGUUAACCUUUAACCAUAAGCGCAAUGGUCCGGUACAUAUUGAAUUGCUGUUUGCCACCGGGGAUCACGGCGAUGGUCAGCCAUUUGACGGACCCGGUAAAACCCUGGCUCAUGCGUUCUUUCCACAAUUUGGAGGUGACGUUCACUUCGAUGAUGACGAGGGAUGGACUCUCAGUUCUUACAACGGUGUGAAUCUGCUGCAAACGGCGGCUCACGAGAUAGGUCAUGCCCUUGGAUUGGAGCACUCUGAAGUUCAAGGUGCACUAAUGGCACCGUUCUAUCGAGGCUACAAACCGACACUGCGCCUGGCCGAGGAUGAUAUCGCCGCCAUCCAGGCCUUGUACGGAGAUAUGCCGACGAAAAAGAACUACAAUUACAAAAAGCACGUCCACGCCGAUACGGCGGUCAGCGCCCCGCCUGCGGCCGCCGGCAACUGGCCGCCCCGAUUGCCUAACGGACGGCGCGGGCCGGAAGAGGCGGCCGGCGGCGGCUCUAAUCCUAAGCCCAAUCCGGGCAUGAACCCGGCCGUACAACCCGAUUUGGAUCUCUUCAAUACAGUCAAUCCGGGCUAUCCGAUUUGGACGGAUAUAUGGGAGCCGCCGCCGCCGCCGCCCGAUCCCGGGUUCGGCGGCACGUCAGCCAUGCCGGAUAUUUGUAUGAUGGAUAGGAUGGAUGCUAUUACCAUGAAUGUUCACGGGGAGACGUUCGUUUUUAGGGGUGAAUAUUACUGGAAAUUAGCCGACACCGAUGUAAUACCUGGAUAUCCUCGACGGAUUUCUGAAGGAUGGGGAGGAUUGCCGUCGCAUUUGGAUGCCGCGCUCUCCUGGCCGGACGGCAAAAUCUACUUCUUUAAAGGCAGUUACUAUUGGAGAUGGCAAGACAAUGCCAUCGAUCCUGGAUAUCCCAAACAGAUUCGAGAUGGCUUUGCGGGGAUACCUGAUAAUAUCGAUGCUGCGUUUGUAUGGGGAGGAAACGACAAGACCUAUUUCAUCAAAGGCGAACGAUAUUGGCGUUAUGAUCGUGGCAGCAAUCCGCCAGUUGCCAGCUCCUAUCCCCGUCCGUUGUCAGUGUGGUCCGGCCUGCCCAAGAAAAUAGAAGCGGCCUUUCAAUGGAAGAAUGGCAAAACUUAUUUUUUUGUUGACAAUUCUUAUUAUCGCUUCGACGAUCGCAAUUUCCGUGUCGACCCAAGCUAUCCUCGUACCACGAAUAUCUGGUGGUUUGGCUGUGAUGCUGUCAAAUCAUUGCGAUUUACAGCGAAGGAAAGCGAAAAGCUCUCCACUGUACAGAAGAUACCCGAUACGUUUAUGCGUCGAAAUACGUCGGCAAGAUUUAUAAAUAAAGAUCUUGGUUGA